CUGAACUGAGGUAACUUGUUCGUGGUACCUGCAGAGAAGAUACAGGUAACUUCAAUCAAAUUGUUAAAACUUAAAGCAUUAAGGAGGGAGGGAGAGAGAGAGAGAGAGGAAUUUGAACAUUUGAGUUGUAAGAGUGAGAGUGAUGGAAAGAACAGAAAAAGGUUGGGAGAGAGAGGACAAAAGGGAAGGAUUAAUGGUGGAAAAACUGAAGGAAGGGGUUUUGGUGGGGAAAAGAGGAGGCCCUUCUACACCACCACCCACAUGGAGACUUGAGCUUCCAUCUCAACAAAAUGGUGGUAGUGACAACAAAAACCCGGUUCAAGAAUUCCUCAACUUUCCCACCUCAAACAUUUCUGCAAGAAAGCUCUGUGCUAACCUCUGGGAAAUUCAGCCCCCCCAACAGACCCCACUUGCCACAAUGAACAAAGCUGGCACCAGGCUCCGCCGCCGUCGCCGUCGCCGCCACAUCAACCACCGUAAGGACACAGUUUCUGAGGUUCACAAACAAUUGCCUGAGCCUCCAGACACCCCUUCUGACCAGUCAGCAUCUCCUUGUAGCAUGAGAAGGUAUAUUGCAGCACCCCUUGUUCAGCACCAUAGAGCAUUUGAAAGAAAUGGCUGUGCUCUACAAUCUGUAUCCCCUGCUUCUUACAGUAGCUCAGUGGAAGUGGCACCAUAUAAACAUGCAGAAACUCCCACUAGUUCCUUAGACUUUAAAGAUAUGAUUGGAGAAUCACGUUACAGCCUUACAACAUCCACUGAGUUACUCAAGGUACUAAACCGUAUCUGGAGUCUUGAAGAACAGCAUGCAUCAAAUAUAUCAGUAGUGAAAGCUUUAAAAAUGGAACUAGAUCACUCUCAGGCGCGGAUGAAGGAGUUACUAAGAGAGAAGCAAAUGAGCAGGCACGAAAAGGAGAACUUAAUGAAGCAAAUAACAGUGGACAAACUUGUUAGGAAGAACAAAGAACAUGAUAGAAUUAAAGCUGCAGUUAAAUCAAUCAAGGAAGAGCUAGAAGGUGAGAGGAGGUUACGGAAGCAUUCGGAAAGCUUGCAUCGGAAGCUGGCUAGGGAGCUUUCUGAAGUAAAGUCUUCAUUCUCUGGUUGUUUGAGAAAUCUUGAAAGAGAGAGAAAAGCACGAAUCCUUUUGGAGAAUUUGUGUGAUGAGUUUGCCAAAGGAAUCAGAGAUUAUGAGCAAGAGGUACAUUCACUUAGGCUGAAUUCUGAGAAGGGAAAGGCUAAAGGGAAUAAUAGCAUUGAUAGGCUAAUACUUCAUAUUUCAGAAGCUUGGCUUGAUGAACGCAUGCAAAUGAAGCUAGCUCAAUCAGGCAGUGAUCUCAUAGAGAGAAACUCAAUUGUUGACAAGUUAGGUUUUGAUAUUGAAACAUUUCUUCAUGCAAAACGAUCUGUUGAUUUGAAAAAAUAUGGUUACUCCUCUCCAAAGGAGCUCAAGGAAAUUUACCCUUGUCAGCAUUCAUUGGAUUCCUUUCCUCUAAAAGAGGCUACAAGUGCACCUCAGAAUAUGGCUCAGGAAGAUUCCAUUGACACUGAAUUUUUUGAACCAAAAAGUGCUUCUGGUGAAGAACUUCACAAACUCAGCUCCAGACCACAAAGCAUUGACACUACUAUGGUUCAUCAAGACAAGACAGGUAGCCAAAAUUCAAUGAGGAAACAGGUUCUGUUAGAUGAAAUCACUGAGGUUAUAGAUAAUGAUAGUCCCAUAAAACUGUGGAAAACAAAGUUGGCUGUUUUAGAUUUUGACAAGUCUGGGUCUUCUACCAUAUUGCCUAAGGGAGUAAAGGAACACACAUUGAUGGCAAAACUGCUUGAAGCAAGAUUAGAGGAACAGAAAUUUCGUUCAAGAGCUAGCAAAAGCACUUCUUGAUCAACUAGAUAAAGUUUCUAAUGGAAAAUUUGGGAUGUGAAAUAGUUGCAAUGGGUAUUGUACUGGGAUCUUUCAUCAAAUUCUAGUAACUAUGUUGUACACAAGAAUCUUUUUAGUCAUUGACAUGGUUAGAUGAAUGAAGAUCAAAGUUGUAUCCAAUAUCUGUAAAAUGAUGUUGUUCAAUGUUCACUAUUGCACUAUGCCUAUCAGGCUAUGGGAAACACCUCUGGUAUGUGUCUUGUACUGUCCCC